AUCGUACAUACCGUGGGUGUCCUCUUACCGAAUCACGCUAGUCAACCAACUCCAUCGAUUGCGCCGGAGGAUCGCGGCGACUAUCACGCCUAUGUAACCCCCCUCUUCGUUACCGACCAUUAUAACGAAUUAGAUUAAGCGCUCGCAAGAUAUGUAAGUAAGACGGUCGGCAAUAAAGGGCAUCCCGCCCUCCUUACCAGUCUCCCGGAGACGCAGUCUCCUUGGCUGGAAAAGACUGGAUCAUGGCUUCAUCGGAGGAAAUUUCGCAACUACCGGCCUUGGUGCCACCGGCAGGUGUUGUGCCCAAUUUCGUCGACCCGUUCACAUUCUACCCUUGGAUUCUCGCUAUCGGUCUCAUCAGCAUUGUGUUGAUGACUCUAGCCGUAGCAAUCCGAAUAUACACGAAAGCGGUUAUUUUGAAAGCUAUGAAACAUGAAGAUUACUUCGCCAUCUUCGCCUUGGCCGGCUUUCUUAUAUGGGAUAUAAUAUUUAUAUACCUAUCGAGCCUCGGGUUGUCCCGAAACCAAUGGGAUAUUCGAGCUAUUGACGCACCCUACUUCUUAUAUAUGAUGAACGUCAUCGAAAUCAUCUAUGGACCCUCGAUGCUGGCAGCCAAGUAUUUUGUCCUUGUUCAGCUAAAGAGGAUAUUCUGCCCCGGAAGUCUAAAGAACUCUGUAUGGUGGAUUAUAAACGGCCUCAUUACGGCGACAGUGGCGUACUACAUCGCCUGUUUCUUCACAUUUACGUUUCAAUGCUGGCCUCGUGACGCUAUAUGGAAUCCGCUGCUAGCACCGGAUGCGACCUGCAUCAACUUUAAGGUUGCUACAUUGGUCUCUGGUAUCAUAAACAUGCUUCUGGACAUUGGCAUCUUUUUGACCCCCCUGUGGGCAAUUUGGCUCCUCCAGAUGCCCAUGAAACGCAAGCUGGGAGUUAUAUCUGUAUUCGGCGUUGGAUUCUUUACGUGUGCAAUAGCUGUUCUCGGGGUUGCUUUCCGUGUCCCUCUCGUUACAGAUGAUAACUUGACCAUGGCCAUCGCCAAAGUAGGACUAUUUACGUUUGCCGAGUAUUUUGGAACAAUUCUAGUAGGUUGUAUGCCACUUUUCCCUAGAUUUUGGGCUGGUUUGCGUGGAAGGGACCCACUCGAAACUCGCGAGACGAAGAGCUCAUUUUCGAACUCUCAUAUAAAAGAAGGGUCGACGGCGUAUCCCACAUCUCGAAUUAGAAGUUCCGCGCAAUCUCAAAGCGAAGCCCAUUUGCGCUAUGACGCCUACAUAGAACUAGAAGAUGGCCAGCUCGAUGCGCAGGAAUGGAGAAGCGUAGGAUACAUCGUAUGAAAGCAUUUGUAGAAUCUAAUAAAUUUGGAAUCAAUUUCGUCACUCA